AUGAACAUUGAUUUGAACAAUUCUUAUGCCACUGAGACAUUUGGAGAAUCAUUUAGCGGUGAUGUUAACUCUCGGGGGUCUGAGGAGGGUGAUCCACAUGGUUACAUCGAUUCAUUGUUUGAUAGAAAUGCCGAUGAUGACGUUGAAGGCGACGCCGAUGCGGACACGGAGACAAAAAUUUGUGAGUCACAAGAUAAUCCCAAUGAUGGCAUUGAUUCUUUUGAAUCGUUGAAGAAAAGUUUUGAGAUGAGGCUUGUUGUAGGUACUGAGAUUGACAUCCUACACGCCGUGCAUAAAUUAUACUGUGAUUAUGCGGCUGUGAUGGGUUUUUCAGUCCGGAAAGGCAAUCAAGAAUAUUUUAAUCCCACGGACGAUGUUCGUAUGAAGAUGUAUCAUUGUUCAUGUGCCGGAACAGCAGAUAAUAAGUCAUCGAAGGGGAGAAUAGCAGCUUAUAAAAAACAGAGUUAUAGGAGUAACUGUGAUGCGAAGCUUCGGGCAGACUUAUUGUUGCGAUCAGCCCGCAACAUGUCACGGCAGAAGAAGCGGUUGCUUAUCUCUAUGCGGGCUAGUGGGAUCGGUGUUAGUAAGGCUUAUCGAUUUUUGGAGGAUGAAGCUGGAGGUCGAGAAAAUAUUGGAUUCAUACGGAAAGAUGUUUACAAUGAGCUAAAUUCUGAAAAUCGGAACAUGUCGAAGGUUGACAAUGGAGAUGCAAAUAAAUUGUUGGAUAUUCUCACUGAUAGAGGAAUGAGUGACCCUUCUUUCUUUUGGAAGGUAAAGCUAAGUGACGAUGGGAGGCUUGAAAACCUUUUCUUUCGUGACACUCGUUGCCUUAUUGACUAUCAACAUUUUGGAGAUGUAUUAUCCGUUGAUGCUACUUACAAGACCAACAAGUACGACUUGAUAUGCAUUCCUUUGAUCGGCAUAAAUCAUCAUUGA